AUUUUCAUAUAUUUUAAAAUUUAUAAAUUUCGAUGCUGGAUUUCGAUGAGGUUAAUGAGGUCAUUAAUAAUGACAAUGAAGGAAAAAAAUUGGCAUCUCCAAUUGACUUAAAUUUGGCUAAAAUGAAAAUACUAAAUUUGCCAUUAUUAACAUGGUAUAAUUAUGAAAAUAAACCGAGAAAAAUGAAGCUCACAAAUACCGGAAAAACAGUUGUUUUAAGUAUAAUGUGGCCAAAUAAUAAUGCCUAUAUUUCUUCAGGUCCUUUUAAAGAUAAUUAUGAAUUUUCACAGAUACAUUUUCAUUGGGGAAAAAAUGAAAUGAUUGGAAGUGAACAUUCAUUUGAUGGAGCAAAACAGGCAAUGGAGCUCCAUGCUGUUCAUUUCAACAGUAAAUAUAAAAAUAAAUUAAAUGCAAUUAAAGAGCCUGAUGGUACUGUCAUAAUCGUCUACGUAUUUAGGUUACAAUCAACACCAAAUAAUAAUUUAAAUACAAUUAUAAAAUCGUUGAAUUUAAUUCAAGAUCCUGACUCAUCAGUUCGUAUUAAUCCCGAGCCAAUUAUUAAUAUUUUACGUCCAUUUAAUGGAGAUUAUUUUUUAUACAAAGGAACUUUAAAUAUCAAUAAUUAUGAACGUGAAAUUAUUUGGGUUAUCAGUAGAGUACCAAUUGGUAUAUCAAUUGAACAAGUUUCACAAUUUCGUAAUAUUUGUAAUAAAAAUUUAGAUAAAAUUAUUGAUAAUUGUAGAGUUAUUGAUGAUGAUGCUGAUGAUAAUCAACAAAUUUUUCAUAUUUGUCCAUCUGGCUAUAGUUACUGGUCACUUUUACAAUUACCCAGUGGACCAGUAACUGAUGGUCCAAGAAUUAACCAACAAAAUAACUUUUAA